UCCCUCUCCGCGAGGAGCGAAUGCCAACGGACUACAUCAGCAAUCGCUACAUGUCCAAGCUCGGCGUUCCACCGCAGGCCUGGGAGGAAUCCCUCGAUUUCGAUGAGGUCGCCAAGUAUUUCUCCAUGACCGUCGCGGAGGCCGCCAAUAUCCUUGGUGUUUGCCAGGCGACUCUGAAGCGAAUUUGCCGAGAGAACGGGCUCUCCAGAUGGCCGCAUCGAAAGUUUAUGGGUGGAAAAAGCGUGGAAGAGAUCAAACAAGAUGCUUUGAGAGCCAAGCAAUUCCAGGCUCAAGAAAAAAUGUAUAACCCACAACCCAGCAACUAUGGUCAAGUUCCUUCUCAGGCUUACGUGAUGCAAACUACACACGCGAAUUUACGACUGAGCACAACUGCGACGUAUAGAACGAAGAUGCCAAUUCCAUCCUUUCUGGACGACUUCCGGAACGGUUAUCCUCUCAAGAACUUGGAUGCUGUCUCUGAUCGCUGGUGGGGAGGUUCUCCAGAUGUGGAUGAUACCAGCAGCGAUCAAGCUCAAGCUCGCAGCGCAGAUUUUGCCGAGUCCGUGGUGGACGCGACGCAGCUGGUAAAUCUUCGCAGAAAACGAGCGGAAUCACUGGAGAGAGCGCUUGCUUCACCAAUCUCCAGGGGCUACGAUGGAUCCAAAGUCGAGAGCAGCCAAGAGGAAGUUCUCAAGUUUGUGUUUGGAGAGGAGAUGCCACAGCAGUGGACUUACGCAUUUGAUUGAAACUACUCGAGGUAGCUUUGCUUUGUUUCGUGGGAUCAGAGGCAAAAGAGAAUUUUUUCACAGGAACAUUGCUAUUUGCGGGAAGAGCUCAAGAGUUUGGAUCGAGGAUCAUUCAUCAUUUUAAUCGGAGAAUCAAAGUACCCACCAUGGUUCUGUGCCAAAGAUAUUUCCAAACCAAAGCACAUUCUUUUUUCCGUGGUACCGUACCACUCUCUUUGUAUGAGUAGACGAUUUCAUGCUUUUACCUGUCUUUUUAAUUGGAGUUUAGUUGUUUUCCAA